AUGGUGAAUAUUUAUUUCAUUGUUUAUGACAACUCUACUUUUCCAGGCUUCCUAUAAUAUGAACGGAAUGAUGCGUACUUCGAUGCCUAACGUCACUCUUACGAUCCAACCGUCGACUUCUAUGUCAGUUCCGUCGUCGCAGCCUCGAAUGAUGAUGGGAGGUACCCAUCGGUUUCAACGUGAUACCGGCGGCAUGAGCGAUGUGAUGGGUGACGGACCGGGAAGGCGGUUGAGAAAAAAUGUGGCCAAUGUACGGAGACAUGUCGAUUAUGUUUCAACAGUUUUGAACCACUGCGAAGUACUGGAAAAUAUUCUGAUGUUUAAAAACGUAUGAGUGUUUAGAAUCGGUUAUGGAUGUACGGAAGACAGCGGGUCCUUCAGCAACCUGAUAUACUCUACCAGACAAUGGCAUUGCCAGCUUCCUCUACGCCAGACACUCCCAUCGAUUGCAUCCUCACCAAGUUCAUUCGCACAGCCAUGAACAAAGUCAAGUGUCCUGUGUACAGCGUCUGCGUACGUUUCCCAUUCUUUAAAUUUUUUUCUGAAACAUGAUUCACUUUUGCAGUGGUCUCCGGAAGGAAAACGACUAAUCACUGGCUGCCAGACAGGCGAAUUCACGCUCUGGAAUGGUACUGCGUUCAACUUCGAGACGAUUCUUCAGGUAAUAAUCACAACUAGAAGGAGGUUGUUUGCUAAAUGUGUGCCCUCGAUUCCUGCUAAUAAAGUAUUCACAUCUUUUCUAUUGCGGUUCUUCGCGGUAUUCGAUGUGAAUAAAAGGUUUCAAUUUCAUUUUGUGCUACGUUGUUUUCUUAUUCAUCUUCGGAAGGGCAGUUGUUUCUGAGCGCGUUUGCUCUUAUCUGUCGUGUAACUGCUGGGAAGAUCUCUGGAAGCCUAGAAGCUACAGGGGCGUUCAGUUUAUUUCUCCGUGGAUUAGCAAAAAAAAGCCACUGAAACAGCAUUCUCAGAUUCUCUUCUGCUCUUGUUUAGCUUUCUAUAGUUUGCAUAUUAGUAUCAAGUUCAGUAAGAUUCCCACGUUCAGGCGCAUGAUUCUGCAAUUCGAGCGUUGAAAUGGUCGUCGAACGAGCAAUGGCUUCUCAGUGCCGAUCAAGGCGGAUACGUCAAGUACUGGCAACCGAAUAUGAACAAUGCUCACAUGUUCUCGGCUCAUAAAGACGAAGCGAUCAGAGGCUUAGCGUAAGUUGCUAAGAAAAUAAAUGACCCAGUACGCUGAUUUAUUCAGAUUCGCUCCAACGGAUGUCAAAUUCGCAACUGCUUCCGACGACGGAACUGCACGCGUCUGGGACUUUGCCCGUUAUUCAGAAGAACGUGUUCUGAGAGGACAUGGAGCAGAAGUCAGGUGCAUAGACUGGCAUCCGACGAAAGGGCUUCUAGUGACGGGAUCUCGAGAUACUCAACAACCUGUCAAAAUUUGGGAUCCAAAGUCAGGAUCAUGCUUGGCCACUCUCCAGGAGCACAAAAGUAGUGUGAUGGCUGUGGAGUUCAACAAAAACGGAAACUGGCUGCUUACCGGAGGAAGAGAUCAUCUCGUCAAAAUGUAUGAUAUUCGUAUGAUGAAAGAAAUGAGGACUUACAGAGCCCACAAGAAAGAAGUUAUUUGUAAGUGUUUCCUCUUGUUUCCUUCCCGAACAAAUCAGUCUUCAGCUCUUGCUUGGCAUCCAAUUCACGAGGGACUCUUUGUUUCUGGCGGUGGCGACGGAUCGAUCGUUUACUGGAUGGUGGACAACGAGAAAGAGAUCGGACUGCUGGAGCAUGCACAUGAUCAAGCGAUCUGGGCAAUGAAAUGGCAUCCACUCGGACACAUUCUAGCCACCGGCUCCAACGACAACAACACAAAGUUCUGGGCGAGAAACCGUCCGGGAGACACUGCGGAGGAUAUCUUCGGACUCUCGACGACUACAAUGAUCGGCCACUUAGACAAGGAGCGAGAGCCGAGACUGGCACCGCAGAAGCUCACACUCGAUGAGACGGACACGUACAAGCCAGACGUUUUCAUUCCGGGAAUGGGACUCGAUGAGGACAUCUUCCAGCAGUUGAGCAAGGACGUCAGCAUGAAUACCGAUUCCACUCUUCUCGUUCCGGACGAUCUCACACGACAGAUGAUUGCACCGGUCAUCGGAGCCAAACGAACACUUAUCAAGCAGCCGCCGGCGAAAAGAGCGCAACGGCAAUUCGAGAGAAUGUGGAACAACUCAAGGGAAUCGGAGCGGGAACUGACGAUUUCACAGUCAUGAUCGGUGGAAUGGGAAGAGAAGAUGCAGCAGAAGCAGCUGCUCAGGAUAGAAUGAUGAUGCAUGGAGGACCGUCUUACAUGGGCCCUCCAUCUAAGUCGUUCCUCGGACCGCCAACCACUGGAGGCUCUCUGCUUGGACCCAGCCAGCCUCGCCCACAAUCUGAAUACAACAUGGGCCCACCUUCCAAUCAGCAAGGACCUCCUGGACCAUCGGGACCCAAUUCAUGGAGACCACGGGAUCAAGGACCACCAUUUCAUUCAAGAGACAUGCCACCGGAUAACCGUCGGAUGGGACCUCCGCCGCAAAUGAGAGACAACCGAGGCGGUGGAUGGAUGGGUGGGCCGCCACGUGGACCAACCGGAGGAGCACCUUCUCGACCGUCAACUCACAAUGCAGGAGACGUCGACUAUCGAAACGGACCGCCUCCAAACACGAACGGAGAUGUUGACAUGCGCUCAAUGGGUCCACCUCCUCAGAAUGGACCGCAAGAUUCCUGGAGAAUGGGACCGCCGAUGAACAGAGACGGAGGACCUCCACCGAUGCACAGAGAUCAGGGACCUCCGAUGGGAAUGCGAAUGGAUCCGAGACGAGAUCCGAGAAUGGGAGGAUCUAGAGUAAGUGGAACUUUUCUUUUAUUAGACAUAGUUCUUUUUUCAGUCUGAUCAACUGAGUCCGACUGGAAUGCCACUUGCGGGAGGCCCCUGGAUGCCGCAGUUCGAAGGAGGAGGCGGCGGGAAUUCGUCGGGACCGUCUCGGCGUGGUCAGCCCCUUCUUCCUCCUCCGGGCAGAGGGCGAGGCCGUGGACAACCCUAUUAGUCAUUUCGUUCUUUCUUUUUUCUUUCACCAGCAAUCACACAUUUCCUGUUUCUCAAUGGUUUCCUAUUCCUCGUUCUAGACUACACGUUUGCAUUACGAAUGUAACAUCUUCUGAUGGUUCUCUUCUUUUCCUUUUCCACGCUUACAGUUGUGAUUCCCUCCGAUUUUAUCUAUCUUCGCUUUGCUUCUUAUCCCUUUGCAAGUUUCUUCUUAUUCUUUUCACACAAUAAAUAUUUUGGGCUCUAUCCGGGGGCCCUCACAGCCCCCGUCUCUCAUUUAUUUUCUGUUUCCAAUUGGGUCUCGCCACGAGAAAGCGGUCCCGUCGUUAUUUUAUUUCUAUUGGCUUUCCUUUUCUUUUUCCUCGGCUGCUCCCGCCGAGCCUUUUUCUUCUUCAUCUGUGCUUCCCUUUUGCGCCUCUGCGUCUCUACACAUUGCUCGCAUCUCUCAUUUUCGUAGUGCCCCGCCAGCGCUCCCUCUUUCCCUUUCCAUUUCUAUUUUUCUUCAAAGAGCUCACGGAGCGGGCGGCAAUAGCUCUCCUCCGCUAACGUUCUGUGUUCUCAAUUUGGUGCAAAAUCGCCCAGUCUCUGCUCCUCGUGAGUACGGUACACAAGGAAUGGUUGGGGGGCGCAAAACAGCAUUGUGAACCUGUUUUUCUUGAUUCCCAAUUUAAUCUUUGAAUUCAUUCUAAUUGUUUACAUUUUUCAGGCAUGCCUCGACCGAAAAUCAAAAAAAACGGACCGUCCGUUAUGGAUGACGAAAUUCCGCUCUGGGAAUUCAUCUACGAGUGAGUUUCAUUCAAUUACUCCCAACUUUGAGGGGACCAAAUUAUUGAUUUUGCAGAAAUGUGUGCAUAAAGCAUAGAUUUGAAGAAGUCGCAGCAGAGCUAUUUGAGCGCUAUCUCGAAGUGAAAAACCUUCCAUUCACGGUUCAACAGCUUUCAAAUUUGUAAGUCAGGUGCAGAUGAAAAAUUCAAAACGAAAAACUGCUCCUCAAGAAUAACAUACAUAGAGAAGCAUUGCGGAAAUUGAAUUUUUGCAGCUACUCGCGAAUCAUGGAGCCGGCGCUCUACAAAGCGACUCUGGAUCACGAAAAGAUUUUGUCGUUGUAUCAGAAGCUGGAGAUAGAAAUUUCUGAGCACGUGGAGAAAAUGCUCGAAAUGAGAUGUGGAGCAGGUCUCCGAAUAGAUCAGGAUCGUUGCCUAGUGCAUUACACAUUCUUCACGGCGCCAACGACGAAACGACGGCAGCCGGAGUCUUCCCCGAAACGACCGAACACUGUCGAAGAGAAGGACGAAGAGGAGGCUCCCGAAGAGCCACCGGAAGAGCCGCUUCGCAAAAAAGUGAAGCCUUUGCCGCCUUCUGAAAAGAACGGAACGAGUAACGGGAACGGUGCGGGAACGUCUGCCCCACGCGCCAUUUCCCCAUCCUCUGAUUCGCUCAGUAAAGCCCCCGGAAUGCCUGCGCCUCUCGCUUCGUCUACUCCGAAAAAUCUUGAUGAAAGGAAUGUGACGAACAAUCAGAUGCCCGUCGAUGUGGAGAUCUCACAGGAGUUCGAGGUCUUGAUGUGGGAUUACGUUCGUGAAAACUUUGCAACCAUGACAUCCAAGCGAAUAAUGACAGAAGAAUUCUGGGGUGGGCUGAUAAAACGACGCAAGAUGCCCAUCAAAUCGGCCUACAUCGUUCUUCGUCACUUUCAUAAAAAGCUUCUGAAGAAACUGUGGAAACAGAAUCUGGAUGCGAAGAUCAGAUUGCGUCUAAUCAAAGAACUUAUGCUUCCGAUGAAUCAGAGACAACGACGCUGGCUGCUGGAGAACGAGGGAAUCAAUGUGGAGCUGACCGACGAAGGAUACGUCAAGUCGUUCACAGUGCAAGGGGAAGAAGACUCCGAUUUGGCCCCGCCGCCACCGGCGCCGCUUCCGAAAAGGAACAUCAGCACGUGGAUUCCGAGAGGUCGUCCGGAUUUUUCCGCAAAUAUAAUGAACGAAUUCGACUUUCCACGAGCUCCCAGUGCUGAGCACUCGGCCAGCAGCCGUACUCAUUCGAUCGCCAGUCGGCAACCAUCUGUAAUCAAUGGAAUCGUUCCGAAACAGGAGGAAGAUCUGACUGCGGGCGCUGUGAGACGGAGCCAGAGAACGCCGUUCACUUAUGAGGACGAUGUUCUCGCGUGGAAAUUCAUACUCAGAAAAAUGUACGAUCCGCAGACGCAGAAGUUGAGCAACGACCAGGUACAGCCGAAGGGAAACAAGUUCUGGGAGGAGUACAUUCGAACGCACAACUCUCCGAAAACUGCAAGUAACUGGUCAUCACAGUAAGUUUUUACCUCAAAAAGUGUUUUCUCAAAGUUAUUAUUUACAGCUUCCGCAAAAAGAUGUGUGCAAGUCUUUACCUGAUGCCAUUGGCAAGAGAGAACAAGCUAAAGUUGUACUUCAUGCUUGAAAUUGCGGUCACUGAAGAAAUCCAUAGAAAGUAAGACUGAAAUUGAUUUUUUUUAAAUCCCCGUUGUCUUUUAUUCUUUCAGCCUUGAAAACCGAUGUCUUGCGAAGAUCUCUCUGAGCAAGGAUAAUCGAAUCGUAAAUUGGAGCUGGUUGAAGCACGAACGCGAGGAUACAGAGCCAUUGGUGAACGAUGACGAAGAAACGGACGGAGAGUCGAUCGCUGCCGCCAAUCCCGGAGCCAAUGACACUGACGAUAUGACAGGAGCAACUGCCGACGAGCACACGAAGCUCUCAUCUGCCACAAGUGAUUUCAAUCAUCCUCAGAUGACCACGACGUUGGAAUUCGACCAGGCACCUCGAAAGGGAAUAAAUAGUGAGAGGGAGGAGCUGCUGCUGAAGAAGAGAAGUUUGAGACUGGUAGGAGCGGGGCCAGUGGGAAACGAGCCAACGGCGUCGAUUCGAUCUCCGGCCAGGGAUCAUGAAUAUUCGCCUCCACCCCCGGAGCCAAUUCAAAGUCCUGCGAGACAUCGAGUACUCCCGAAGUCUCCAACUCCAGAACGAGCUUCCGGUCUAUUCGCAACACCUGAAAAAGCACGAACUCCAGCAAGGUCUCCAACUCAGAAAUCGGCGCGGGUACCAGCCAAGGCUCGUGUUCCUGCUAAGACUCCAACAUCUGAGAAAGCGCAAACUCCGAAAGCAGCCAGAGUUUCCGUCUCUCCCCCACCUCCAGAAAUGAACAGAACUCCAGCAAAGGCUCAAAAUGCGACGCCAAGCAAGCGAAUCCCGAUAAGAUUGGAGAAAGAGAAAGUGCAGGAAACCAGUGAAGUAUCGGAGGCAGUCAUCGAUUGGGCUGACGCAGACGACGACGAACCGAUUGUUGAAGUGGAGCCGCUGGAUUUGCAGGAGCUCGACACGAAGUACAUGAACACGUACGAUUUGCUGGCGGCGAUACAAAGUGUUUUGCAAGAGCAAGAGGACGAGGGAAUCGAAUUGCUGAACGAGGCGGUUGAGAAAGCGUUCCGAAGAAAGCCAUCCGAUGCUGUGGUGCGUCCCGUAGUUCAUAAAGCAGAACACAAAUAGGUGAUUUUCAGAAGUGCAACAGUGAAAGUGUCGCUCGCCACAGCAUUUCUGCUCCGAUCGCCAAGGCUCGUGGACAUCUCCGUCAUGCGCUCUCCAAAAAGCAACAUCAGCUCGUGACGCACGCCACGCAGUUCUGCGAGAACCAUGAAGUGUUCCGGAAGCGGGUCACUGCGAUGACGGAUGUUCUCGCCUUCAAAUUGGGCAAGCUCAGUCCGCCGAGACCUCCGCCGCCGAUCGACGACGAAUAG